AUGAGUCCCUUGUUCGCUUCAACGAUAAGCGUUUUUCAAAAUUUGGAAAAAGCUAUUAUUCUUACUUUGCAUUAUUUUUCUUCUCUUCCUUUAAAUUUGUUACAAAGGGUGGCGAGGAAGCUUCCCUCAGAGUUACAGGAAGAGAUACUCAUUAGGGUUUCAUCACCUCUAUCUCUCGCUUGAUUCAGAGCCGUUUGUAGAGAAUGGAACCCUAUUUUCAAGGAGAAGAGAUUUGUCAACAACCACUUUGCUUGCAGAAGAGCUCGUCCAGAAUUCAUGUUACAGACUGAUUCCAAGUUUCAUUCGAUUAACGUCAAUCUCAAUGACUUUGACUCAAAUAUCAAAGUCAUUGAGUUAACCACCCCCUUUCAUAGUCCCCGUAUACACUCGGUUAACUGCGAUGGGCUCUUCUUCUUUUAUAGCAUUUUGGAUUCAGUAUCCACCGUUUGGAACCCGUGUUUGAGGGAGACUAGAUGGGGUUGGAUCAAACUUAAAUUCUCGUUACUAGGCAUGGUUUACGAUAGUAGUGGACCCGGAAAGAGUUACAAGAUCGUUGGGUAUACUGUUAAUAUCAACCACCUGACACUUGCCAUCUACGACUGUGCAACGAAUUCAUGGAAGUUUGUUGAUGAUGCCAAUACGAAGGAAAGUCCAGAACAAAAAUCGUUAUUUCUUUAUAAUAAUGUGUCCCUGAAUGGAAAUUUGUAUAUGACUGCUUAUAAUCUCGAAACCUGUCAGUGUUUUAUCCGAGUCCUAGAUUGCUCGAAAGAGAUACUGAAACAUUUUUGUAUUCUACCGUGCACUAAUAAAGAUUCUCUCCAUACUCAUGUCCUACGGUUCUCGUUGUUAGAACGAUGCGAUGAAACACUAGAGACUAAGAUUUGGGUGACAAAGAAGAAAAUUACAAAUGGUGAUGAUGGAGAAGAUGUGGUGUGGAUUAAGUUCAUGAGUGUCUCAACACCUAACUUCUCCAGGUUUAAUUACAACCCGUAUAAAAGUUACUUUGUCCAGAAUAAUAUCUAUGGGAAGUGCUUCAUCAUAUGUUGUAGCCACAAGACUAGACGGGUUGCGAGGUGUAUAUUGUAA